AUGGUGGAUUUCCUGGCGGAGAACAACCUGUGUGGCCAGGCAGUGCUGAGGAUCGUGUCCCGGGGGAACGCUAUCAUAGCCGAGCUCCUCCGCCUCUCAGAGUUCAUCCCUGCGGUCUUCAGGCUCAAAGACAAGAGCGACCAGCAGAAAUAUGGAGACAUCAUCUGCGACUUCAGCUACUUCAAGGUGAGAUGGGAUUGUCUUGUUAAAUGAGUGUGAAAUGAGAUGACAGUGAAAGGACAUCAUUUGUGGUGCACCUCCUAGAUAAUGGACACACACCGCCAGUGUCAUGGUUAGGUCUUUCAAGUUAUUUGAUGUCAUCUAUGAACUAGAUUCUUUAGAAUGUGUUAUGGCAUGAUGACGAAGUGCAGGGAUAUAAUGUAUGUCCAAUGUUAUGUCCAUAAUUAACUUUUUCACCCCCUGCCUUCCAGGGUCCAGAGUACUAUGACAGUAAGGUAGAAGCCAAACCAGAGCUUCAGGAUCUGGAUGAAGAGUUCCGGGAGAACAACAUAGAGAUACUCUCACGAUUCUACCUGGCCUUUGAAAGUGUACACAAGUACACCGUUGAUCUAAUCAGGUAAUAUAGAAUUCCUCCUUACGAUAUCAACCAUGUGUCUGUUUGGAUUACAUAUUUGGUCUGUUCGCUCAUUGAGCUGAAGCCUUAAUGUGUGGUGUGUCAAGUAGUCUGUCUGUCUCACCAUAACAUUUCAUUGAGCUGAAGCCUUACUGUGUGGUGGGUCAAGUAGUCUGACUGUCUCACCAUAACAUUUCCACACCAUGCUUUAUUUCAUUUGCCGUUCUUCUCUCAAGGUACCUGGACGACCUGUAUGAAGGUGUCUACAUCCAGCAGACCCUGGAGACUGUGCUGCUGAAUGAGGAUGGGAAACAGCUGCUGGUAAAUCUCUUGGAAUCACUUAUAUUUUGUAGAGGGCCCGGCGUGUGUUCCCUGAAAGCUUUAUAGCGCUAAGACCAACUUGAAUACGUUUAUGAAGAUCAUCCCUGUAUGUUUGACAAUGUCCAGAAGGCCAUGCAAAAGUCUCAUGAUGUGUUGUUUGUCCUUGUAACCAGUGCGAAGCCCUGUAUCUCUAUGGGGUCAUGCUGUUGGUUAUCGACCAGAAGAUGGAGGGGGAGGUCAGAGAGAGGAUGCUGGUGUCCUACUAUAGAUACAGGUGACACUAUGCUGCUCUUUUUGGGGGUUGCUUCUGCAUCCUUUAUACAUUUGAUCCCUUUUAAGAAUCAAUCUUCUUUGUUAUUUUGUCAGGGACCAUUUAAUUCUAUCAAUAAUAUUAUCAAUAAUACUAUAACACUAAGAUAGUAAGAUGGCGCCAACAGACAUGGCAACUCUGCUUCUAGCUCCUAAGCAACGUUGCACAAGCAUUUCGCCACACACAAUAACGUCUGCUAAAUAUGUGCAUGUGACCAAUAACAUUUGAUUUGAUUUGAAAACAUUUCACAGGCUGAAAUCGAAUGCAUAAUACCAGAUGGAGCUAAAAAGCAACAUUUGAAUGAAAGAAACCAAAACAUUUGAGUUCAAGUGAACAUCUUACUAACUAUACAUGUCCUAUUUGUCUCUCCAGUGCCGCUCGCUCCUCAGCGGACUCUAACCUGGAUGACAUCUGUAAGCUGCUGCGUAGUACAGGGUUCUCUAGCCAGCCAGGGGUCAAACGGCCAGCUAACUACCCUGAGAGCUACUUCCAGAGAGUGCCUAUCAGCGCCACCUUCAUCAGCAUGGUGAUCGGGAGGCUGCGCUCUGAUGACAUCUAUAACCAGGUAAGGUGGUACGAUCAUGUCGGGCUCCCGAGUGGCGCAGCGGUAUAAGGCACUGCAUCUCAGUGCUUGAGGCGUCACUACAGACCCCCUGGUUCGAUUCCAGGCUGUAUCACAACCGGCCGUGAUUGGGAGUCCCAUAGGGCGGCGCAGCGUCGUCCGGGUUUGGCCGGUGUAGGCCGUCAUUGUAAAUAAGAAUUGGUUCGUAACUGACUUGCCUAGUUUAAAUAAAGGUUCAAUAAUAAAUAAAAAAGGCUCAAAGGGAUAGUUUGCUGGAUUUUUAACCAUUUGUUUUCUUACCUCAUAAGGAGUUAGUCGUGUCAUACUAACCCAUUCUUAGUACAUUUCUGUACAUCCUUAUAUGCCAUGUUGUCAUAUUGGGUAACGUCAACAUUCCAUUGGCUCCAUUUAGGUGGUAGUAUCCUAGAACUGAAUGGAAUUGCUUGCGAAACGAGUUAUGCAACAAUAUUCAAUUGUCUUGUAGGCUUAUUCAAUCUAUUUGUAUGUUAUGAUCAUGUAAUCAUCUGAUUCUUAGAUCCAUGUUUCCUCCUGUCUCUAAAGCUGUCCUAUGUGUUCCCCAGGUGUCUGCGUACCCCCUGCCUGAGCACCGCAGCACGGCGUUAGCUAACCAGGCUUUGAUCCAUGUUUCCUCCUGUCUCUAAAGCUGUCCUCUGUGUUCCCCAGGUGUCUGCGUACCCCCUGCCUGAGCACCGCAGCACGGCGUUAGCUAACCAGGCUGCCAUGCUGUACGUCUGUCUCUAAAGCUGUCCUCUGUGUUCCCCAGGUGUCUGCGUACCCCCUGCCUGAGCACCGCAGCACGGCGUUAGCUAACCAGGCUGCCAUGCUGUACGUCUGUCUCUAAAGCUGUCCUCUGUGUUCCCCAGGUGUCUGCGUACCCCCUGCCUGAGCACCGCAGCACGGCGUUAGCUAACCAGGCUGCCAUGCUGUACGUCUGUCUCUAAAGCUGUCCUCUGUGUUCCCCAGGUGUCUGCGUACCCCCUGCCUGAGCACCGCAGCACGGCGUUAGCUAACCAGGCUGCCAUGCUGUACGUCUGUCUCUACUUCACUCCCUCCAUACUGCACACUCAGCAGGCCAAGAUGAGGGAGAUAGUGGACAAGUACUUCCCUGAUAACUGGGUGAGAGACAUCUAAGCUGCACUUCCCUGAAUACUUGGGAAACAUUAGUGUACUUGUUUCUCUUGAGCCAUAUUUACAUUUUAAAUUUUUAGUCAUUUAGCAGACGCUCUUAUCCAGAGCGACUUACAGUUAGUGAGUGCAUACAUUUUCCAUAUCUUGAUGCAGUAUAUUUCACCAGGCCUCCAGCCAUUACGCAGGUUUAAAGUAGUUUAUUUACAAGUUCUCCUGCUGCAGGUCAUCAGUGUAUAUAUGGGGAUCACUGUGAAUCUGGUGGAGGCCUGGGAACCAUAUAAAGCUGCCAAGAUCGCCCUCAACUACACCCUGGACUCAGCCAACAUCAGAGAGCAGGUAUGGAGGCUAACAGGCUUACCUACAGAACGGCUACUAACAUGGAAUGGUUUUCAGUUGUUUUCCCAUAAGGCCUUGUUUUAGACGUGAGUGUCCCGUCAUAUCCUGCCACAGUUGUCCCGUCAUAUCCUACCGCAGUUGUCCCGUCAUAUCCUGCCACAGUUGUCCCGUCAUAUCCUACCACAGUUGUCCUAUCAUAUCCUACCACAGUUGUCCCGUCAUAUCCUACCACAGUUGUCCCGUCAUAUCCUACCACAGUUGUCCCGUCAUAUCCUGCCACAGUUGUCCCGUCAUAUCCUACCACAGUUGUCCCGUCAUAUCCUACCACAGUUGUCCCGUCAUAUCCUACCACAGUUGUCCCGUCAUAUCCUGCCACAGUUGUCCCGUCAUAUCCUACCACAGUUGUCCCGUCAUAUCCUGCCACAGUUGUCCCGUCAUAUCCUACCACAGUUGUCCCGUCAUAUCCUACCACAGUUGUCCCGUCAUAUCCUGCCACAGUUGUCCCGUCAUAUCCUACCACAGUUGUCCCGUCAUAUCCUACCACAGUUGUCCCGUCAUAUCCUACCACAGUUGUCCCGUCAUAUCCUACCACAGUUGUCCCGUCAUAUCCUACCACAGUUGUCCCGUCAUAUCCUACCACAGUUGUCCCGUCAUAUCCUGCCACAGUUGUCCCGUCAUAUCCUACCACAGUUGUCCCGUCAUAUCCUACCACAGUUGUCCCGUCAUAUCCUACCACAGUUGUCCCGUCAUAUCCUACCACAGUUGUCCCGUCAUAUCCUACCACAGUUGUCCCGUCAUAUCCUACCACAGUUGUCCCGUCAUAUCCUACCACAGUUGUCCCGUCAUAUCCUACCACAGUUGUCCCGUCAUAUCCUACCACAGUUGUCCCGUCAUAUCCUGCCACAGUUGUCCCGUCAUAUCCUGCCACAGUUGUCCCGUCAUAUCCUGCCACAGUUGUCCCGUCAUAUCCUGCCACAGUUGUCCCGUCAUAUCCUGCCACAGUUGUCCCGUCAUAUCCUGCCACAGUUGUCCCGUCAUAUCCUGCCACAGUUGUCCCGUCAUAUCCUGCCACAGUUGUCCCGUCAUAUCCUGCCACAGUUGUCCCGUCAUAUCCUGCCACAGUUGUCCCGUCAUAUCCUGCCACAGUUGUCCCGUCAUAUCCUGCCACAGUUGUCCCGUCAUAUCCUGCCACAGUUGUCCCGUCAUAUCCUGCCACAGUUGUCCCGUCAUAUCCUGCCACAGUUGUCCCGUCAUAUCCUGCCACAGUUGUCCCGUCAUAUCCUGCCACAGUUGUCCCGUCAUAUCCUGCCACAGUUGUCCCGUCAUAUCCACCACAGUUGUCCCGUCAUAUCCUACCACAGUUGUCCCGUCAUAUCCUACCACAGUUGUCCCGUCAAUCCUACCACAGUUGUCCCGUCAUAUCCUACCACAGUUGUCCCGUCAUAUCUACCACAGUUGUCCCGUCAUAUCCUACCACAGUUGUCCCGUCAUAUCCUACCACAGUUGUCCCGUCAUAUCCUACCACAGUUUGUCCCGUCAUAUCCUACCACAGUUGUCCCGUCAUAUCCUACCACAGUUGUCCCGUCAUAUCCUACCACAGUUGUCCCGUCAUAUCCUACCACAGUUGUCCCGUCAUAUCCUACCACAGUUGUCCCGUCAUAUCCUACCACAGUUGUCCCGUCAUAUCCUACCACAGUUGUCCCGUCAUAUCCCUACCACAGUUGUCCCCGUCAUAUCCUACCACAGUUGUCCCGUCAUAUCCUACCACAGUUGUCCCGUCAAUAUCCUACCACAGUUGUCCCGUCAUAUCCUACCACAGUUGUCCCGUCAUAUCCUACCACAGUUGUCCCGUCAUAUCCUACCACAGUUGUCCCGUCAUAUCCUACCACAGUUGUUGUGAAAAUGUGGAAGGUUAGAGGACUGCUUAUGACACCCCCACUACCAUGUUAUAACACCUUUAAAACAUCCCACUGCCAGUUGUUAUUCAGUUAGUAUGGAUGGCCUGAGGCCCUAGGUCUAGUAUGUUAUAACACCCUAUAACUAACCAGACGUUAACCCUCCUCUUCUCUCCUCUAGGCCAGUCGCUAUUCAGUUAGUAUGGAUGGCCUGAGGCCCCAGAUCCAGCAGCUGCUGAAGGAAGGGUUCCUGAGGGAGGAGAUAGUCCUGGAUAACAUCCCCAAGCUGCUCAACUGUUUAAGGGACUGUAAUGUGGCGAUACGCUGGCUGAUGCUACACAAUGCAGACUCAGGUAGGGCUUUCUAUAGACAUCUAGGUCCAUGCAUGAAAUGUGCUUAGAACUGAUUUAUGAAGCAUCCAUAAAGGCCUUAUAAAGGGUUCAUGAAGCAUCUAUAAAGGCCUUAUAAAGGGCUCAUGAAUACUUUUUUGUAGUUGUUUGUUUAAAGUGGGAAUGAGAACUAGUAUCAAAACGAUGCAGAGCUGAACCUCAGGUAGAAUCAUGUCAGGCUGAACCUCAGGUAGAAUCAUGUCAGGCUGAACCUCAGGUAGAAUCAUGUCAGGCUGAAACCUCAGGUAGAAUCAUGUCAGGCUAACCUCAAGCUGAACCUCCGGUAGAAUCAUGUCAGGCUGAACCUCAGGUAGAAUCAUGUCAGGCUGAAACCCUCAGGUAGAAUCAUGUCAGGCAUAACCUCAGGUAGAUCAUGUUCAGGGCUGAACCUCAGGUAGAAAUCAUGUCAGGCUGAACCUCAGGUAGAAUCAUGUCAGGCUGAACCUCAGGUGAAUCAUGUCAGGCUGAACCUCAGGUAGAAUCAUGUUCAGGCUGAACCUCAGGUAGAAUCAUGUCAGGCUGAACCUCAGGUAGAAUCAUGUCAGGCUGAACCUCAGGUAGAAUCAUGUCAGGCUGAACCUCAGGUAGAAUCAUGUCAGGCUGAACCUCAGGUAGAAUCAUGUCAGGCUGAACCUCAGGUAGAAUCAUGUCAGGCUGAACCUCAGGUAGAAUCAUGUCAGGCUGAACCUCAGGUAGAAUCAUGUCAGGCUGAACCUCAGGUAGAAUCAUGUCAGGCUGAACCUCAGGCUGAAUCAUGUCAGGCUGAACCUCAGGUAGAAUCAUGUCAGGCUGAACCUCAGGUAGAAUCAUGUCAGGCUGAACCUCAGGUAGAAUCAUGUCAGGCUGAACCUCAGGUAGAAUCAUGUCAGGCUGAACCUCAGGCUGAACCUCAGGUAGAAUCAUGUCAGGCUGAACCUCAGGUAGAAUCAUGUCAGGCUGAACCUCAGGCUGAACCUCAGGUAGAAUCAUGUCAGGCUGAACCUCAGGUAGAAUCAUGUCAGGCUGAACCUCAGGUAGAAUCAUGUCAGGCUGAACCUCAGGUAGAAUCAUGUCAGGCUGAACCUCAGGUAGAAUCAUGUCAGGCUGAACCUCAGGCUGAACCUCAGGUAGAAUCAUGUCAGGCUGAACCUCAGGUAGAAUCAUGUCAGGCUGAACCUCAGGCUGAAUCAUGUCAGGCUGAACCUCAGGCUAGAAUCAUGUCCAGGCUGAACCUCAGGUAUAAUCAUGUCAGGCUGAACCUCAGGUAGAAUCAUGUCAGGCUGAACCUCAGGUAGAAUCAUGUCAGGCUGAACCUCAGGUAGAAUCAUGUCAGGCUGAACCUCAGGUAGAAUCAUGUCAGGCUGAACCUCAGGUAGAAUCAUGUCAGGCUGAACCUCAGGUAGAAUCAUGUCAGGCUUGAACCUCAGUAGAAUCAUGUCAGGCUGAACCUCAGGUAGAAUCAUGUCAGGCCUGAACCUCAGGUAGAAUCAUGUCAGGCUGAACCUCAGGUAGAAUCAUGUCAGGCUGAACCUCAGGUAGAAAUCAUGUCAGGCUGACCUCAGGUAGAAUCAAUGUCAGGGCUGAACCUCCGUGGUGUAGAAUCAAUGUCAGGCUGAACCGGUCAGGUAGAAUCAUGUCAGGCCUGAACCUCCGGUAGAAUCAGUCAGGAGGCUGAACCUCAGGUAGAAGCAUGAUCAGGCUGAACCUCAGGUAGAAUCAUGUCAGGCUGAACGCCUCAGGUAGAAAAUCAUGUCAGGCUGAACCCUCAGGUAGGAAUCAUGUCAGGCUGAACCUCAGUAGAAUCAUGUCCAGGCUGAACCCUCCGGUAGAUCAUGUCAGGCUGAACCUCAGGUAGAAUCAUUGUCAGGCUGAACCUCAGGUAGAAUCAUUCGCCAGGCUGAACCUCAGGUAGAAAAAUGUCAGGAGGCUGAACCUCAGUAGAAUCAAUGUCAGCUGAACCUCAGGUAGAAUCAUGUCAGGCCUGAACACCUCAGGUAGAAUCAUGUCAGGCGGAACCCAGGUAGAAUCAUGUCAGGCUGAACCUAAGGGUAGAAUCAUGUCAGGCUGAAACCCUCAGGUAGAAUCAUGUCAGGCUGAACCUCAGGUAGAAUCAUGUCAGGCUGAACCUCAGGUAGAAUCAUGUCAGGCUGAACCUCAGGUAGAAUCAUGUCAGGCUGAACCUCAGGUAGAAUCAUGUCAGGCUGAACCUCCGGUAGAACUGUCAGGCUGAACCUCGGUAGAAUCAUGUCAGGCUGAACCUCAGGUAGAAUCAUGUCAGGCUGAACCUCAGGUAGAAUCAUGUCAGGCUGAACCUCAGGUAGAAUCAUGUCAGGCUGAACCUCAGGUAGAAUCAUGUCAGGCUGAACCUCAGGUAGAAUCAUGUCAGGCUGAACCUCCGGUAGAAUCAUGUCAGGCUGAACCUCCGGUAGAAUCAUGUCAGGCUGAACCUCAGGUAGAAUCAUGUCAGGCUGAACCUCCAGGUAGAAUCAUGUCAGUGCUGAACCUCAGGUAGAAUCAUGUCAGGCUGAACCUCAGGUAGAAUCAUGUCAGGCUGAACCUCAGGUAGAAUCAUGUCAGGCUGAACCUCAGGUAGAAUCAUGUCAGGCUGAACCUCAGGUAGAAUCAUGUCAGGCAGAACCUCCGGUAGAAUCAUGUCAGGCUGAACCUCAGGUAGAAUCAUGUCAGGCUGAACCUCAGGUAGAAUCAUGUCAGGCAGAACCUCCGGUAGAAUCAUGUCAGGCUGAACCUCAGUAGAAUCAUGUCAGGCUGAACCUCAGGUAGAAUCAUGUCAGGCAGAACCUCAGGUAGAAUCAUGUCAGGCUGAACCUCAGGUAGAAUCAUGUCAGGCUGAACCUCAGGUAGAAUCAUGUCGAACCUAGUAGAUCUGUAGCUGAACCUCAGGUAGAAUCAUGUCAGGCUGAACCUCAGGUAAAUCUUCAGAACCUCAGUAGAAUCAUGUCAGGCUGAACUCGGUAGAUCAUGUCAGGCUGAACCUCAGGUAGAAUCAUGUCAGGCUGAACCUCCGGUAGAAUCAUGUCAGGCUGAACCUCAGGUAGAAUCAUGUCAGGCUGAACCUCAGGUAGAAUCAUGUCAGGCUGAACCUCAGGUAGAAUCAUGUCAGGCUGAACCUCAGGUAGAAUCAUGUCAGGCUGAACCUCAGGCUGAAUCAUGUCAGGUGAUACUAUAUUCCUAAACUAUGUUGUCUUUUCUUCUUGCAGCCUAUGAUCCCAACAACAAGCGUCUGCGACAGAUCAAAGAUCAGGUGAUCAACGACUCCAAGUACAACCCCAAGAUCCUCUUCCAGUUACUCCUAGACACCGCCCAGUUUGAGUUCACUCUCAAAGAAGUGAGUCUAACAAUAUGAUAUAUGAUUUGAUGCCAAGUCAAGUUGUAAUUACACAAUAAGACCGUGUCCGUCUCUGAAUAUAAUGGUGGAUUACACAAUAAAACCGUGUCCGUCUCUGAAUAUAAUGGUGGAUUACACAAUAAAACCGUGUCCGUCUCUGAAUAUAAUGGUGGAUUACACAAUAAAACCGUGUCCGUCUCUGAAUAUAAUGGUGGAUUACACAAUAAAACCGUGUCCGUCUCUGAAUAUAAUGGUGGAUUACACAAUAAAACCGUGUCCGUCUCUGAAUAUAAUGGUGGAUUACACAAUAAAACCGUGUCCGUCUCUGAAUAUAAUGGUGGAUUACACAAUAAAACCGUGUCCGUCUCUGAAUAUAAUGGUGGAUUACACAAUAAAACCGUGUCCGUCUCUGAAUAUAAUGGUGGAUUACACAAUAAAACCGUGUCCGUCUCUGAAUAUAAUGGUGGAUUACACAAUAAAACCGUGUCCGUCUCUGAAUAUAAUGGUGGAUAACACAAUACAACCGUGUCCGUCUCUGAAUAUAAUGGUGGAUUACACAAUAAAACCGUGUCCGUCUCUGAAUAUAAUGGUGGAUUACACAAUAAAACCGUGUCCGUCUCUGAAUAUAAUGGUGGAUUACACAAUAAAACCGUGUCCGUCUCUGAAUAUAAUGGUGGAUUACACAAUGAAACCGUGUCCGUCUCUGAAUAUAAUGGUGGAUUACACAAUGAAACCGUGUCCGUCUCUGAAUAUAAUGGUGGAUUACACAAUGAAACCGUGUCCGUCUCUGAAUAUAAUGGUGGAUUACACAAUAAAACCGUGUCCGUCUCUGAAUAUAAUGGUGGAUUACACAAUAAAACCGUGUCCGUCUCUGAAUAUAAUGGUGGAUUACACAAUAAAACCGUGUCCGUCUCUGAAUAUAAUGGUGGAUUACACAAUAAAACCGUGUCCGUCUCUGAAUAUAAUGGUGGAUUACACAAUAAAACCGUGUCCGUCUCUGAAUAUAAUGGUGGAUUACACAAUAAAACCGUGUCCGUCUCUGAAUAUAAUGGUGGAUUACACAAUAAAACCGUGUCCGUCUCUGAAUAUAAUGGUGGAUUACACAAUAAAACCGUGUCAGUCUCUGAAUAUAAUGGUGGAUUACACAAUGAAACCGUGUCCGUCUCUGAAUAUAAUGGUGGAUUACACAAUAAAACUGUGUCCGUCUCUGAAUAUAAUGGUGGAUUACACAAUAAAACCGUGUCCGUCUCUGAAUAUAAUGGUGGAUUACACAAUAAAACCGUGUCAGUCUCUGAAUAUAAUGGUGGAUUACACAAUGAAACCGUGUCCGUCUCUGAAUAUAAUGGUGGAUUACACAAUAAAACCGUGUCCGUCUCUGAAUAUAAUGGUGGAUUCACCAUCUGUACUCCCCUUCCUCACAGAUGUUCAAGCAGAUGCUGUCCGAGAAGCAGCUGAAAUGGGAGAGCUAUAGAACCGAGGGGGCUGAGAGGAUGACGGAGCUGGCUGAGGUGUUCUCUGGGGUCAAGCCUCUAACCAGAGUGGAGAAGAAUGGUGAGAUGGAUAACACAACUCUAGAUACAACGUAAAGACACAUCAUUACCACAACUGGCAGUUCACAAUCUGGAAUCCCUCUCUUAGUGUGACUGCUUGCAAAUCCUUUUAGUUGGAGUCAACCACUGAAACUGCUUAUAUGUGUGGGAUAUACACUGACUGGACAAAUCAUAAAGAACCAUGACAUAGACUGACCAGGUGAAUCCAGGUGAAAGCUAUGAUUCCUUAUUGAUGUCACUUGUUAAAUCCACUUCAGUCAGUGUAGAUGAAGGGGAGGAGACAGGUUAAAGACGGAUUUUUAAGCCUUGAGACAAUUGAGACAUGGAUUGUGUAUGUGGGCCAUUCAGAGGGUGAAUGGGCAAGACAAAAUAUUGAAGUGCCUUUGAACGGGGUAUGGUAGUAGGUUCCUUGACACACUCCACUGGUUUGAGUGUGUCAAGAACUGCAUCGCUGCUGGGUUUUUCAUGCUCAACAGUUUGUGGGAAGCAUUGGGGUCAACAUGGUCCAACAUCCCUGUUGAACACUUUUGACACCUUGUAGAGUCCAUGCCCCGACACCUUGUAGAGUCCAUGCCCCGACACCUUGUAGAGUCAUGCCCCGACACCUUGUAGAGUCCAUGCCCCGACACCUUGUAGAGUCCAUGCCCCGACACCUUGUAGAGUCCAUGCCCCGACACCUUGUAGAGUCCAUGCCCCGACACCUUGUAGAGUCCAUGCCCCGACACCUUGUAGAGUCCAUGCCCCGACACCUUGGUAGAGUCCAUGCCCCCGACACCUUGUAGAGUCCAUGCCCCGACACCUUGUAGAGUCCAUGCCCCGACACCUUGUAGAGUCCAUGCCCCGACACCUUGUAGAGUCCAUGCCCCGACACCUUGUAGAGUCCAUGCCCCGACACCUUGUAGAGUCCAUGCCCCGACACCUUGUAGAGUCCAUGCCCCGACACCUUGUAGAGUCCAUGCCCCGACACCUUGUAGAGUCCAUGCCCCGACACCUUGUAGAGUCCAUGCCCCGACACCUUGUAGAGUCCAUGCCCCGACACCUUGUAGAGUCCAUGCCCCGGCGAAUUGAGGCUGUUCUGAGGGGAAAAAGGAGGUGCAACUCAAUAUUAGGAAGGUGUUCUUAAUGUAUUAUGCUCUUAAAAGCUUGUUGCUCACUGUACCAUACCUAUUACUGUCACUGUACCAUACAUAUUCCUAUUGCUGUCACUGUACCAUACCUAUUCCUAUUGCUGUCUCACUGUACCAUACCUAUUCCUAUUGCUGUCUCACUGUACCAUACCUAUUCCUAUUGCUGUCACUGUACCAUACCUAUUCCUAUUGCUGUCUCACUGUACCAUACCUAUUGCUGUCACUGUACCAUACCUAUUCCUAUUGCUGGCUCACUGUACCAUACCUAUUCCUAUUGCUGGCUCACUGUACCAUACCUAUUCCUAUUGCUGUCACUGUACCAUACCUAUUCCUAUUGCUGUCUCACUGUACUAUUCCUAUUGCUGGCUUACUGUACCAUACCUAUUCCUAUUGCUGGCUCACUGUACCAUACCUAUUCCUAUUGCUGUCACUGUACCAUACCUAUUCCUAUUGCUGGCUUACUGUACCAUACCUAUUCCUAUUGCUGUCACUGUACCAUUCCUAUUGCUGUCACUGUACCAUACCUAUUCCUAUUGCUGGCUCACUGUACCAUACCUAUUCCUAUUGCUGUCACUGUACCAUACCUAUUCCUAUUGCUGUCACUGUACCAUACCUAUUCCUAUUGCUGUCACUGUACCAUACCUAUUCCUAUUGCUGUCACUGUACCAUACCUAUUCCUAUUUCAGUCUCACUGUACCAUACCUAUUCAUAUUGCUGUCUCACUGUACCAUACCUAUUCCUAUUGCAAUAGUGAAAGCUGAACUCACUAUGCCAUACUUCCUCUUAUUGUAAAUGUGUUAGAUGUUGAUGUGUGUUGUUAACAUGGUUGUUGUUGUGUUGGACAGAGAACCUGCAGGCAUGGUUCAGGGAGAUUUCUAAGCAGAUAGAAUCUCUGAACUAUGAGGACUCCACCGCUGCAGGCAGGAAGACCGUUCAGCUGAUACAGGCCCUUGUAGAGGUGAGGACUAGAACAUGAACAAGAGUACAUGCACUGUAGUUAUUUCAUCUCUGGGUAACUCUCUUAGUGACCGUUACAUGAUCAUAUCUAUUACAUGGGCAUAAUUUGAAUCCCUUUGAUUUGAUAUACAAUUAUGUUGUUUUGUCCAAAAAUAUGUUUAUAUAUAAACCCUGACUUCCUGUCCUCUCCUUACCUAUAAACCCUGACUUCCUGUCCUCUCCUUACCAAUAAACCCUGACUUCCUGUUCUCUCCUUACCUAUAAACCCUGACUUCCUGUCCUCUCCUUACCUAUAAACCCUGACUUCCUGUCCUCUCCUUACCAAUAAACCCCGACUUCCUGUCCUCUCCUUACCUAUAAACCCUGACUUCCUGUCCUCUCCUUACCUAUAAACCCUGACUUCCUGUCCUCUCCUUACCUAUAAACCCUGACUUCCUGUCCUCUCCUUACCUAUAAACCCUGACUUCCUGUCCUCUCCUUACCAAUAAACCCUGACUUCCUGUCCUCUCCUUACCAAUAAACCCUGACUUCCUGUCCUCAGGUUCAAGAGUUCCACCAGUUGGAGUCCAACCUGCAGGUGUGUCAGUUUCUGGCUGACACCAGGAAGUUCCUUCACCAGAUGAUCAGGACCAUUAACAUCAAGGAGGAGGUCCUGAUCACCAUGCAGAUAGUAGGAGACCUGUCCUAUGCAUGGCAGAUCAUAGACAGGUACACACUGACCAACUACUCUGGCUUACCAGUUUCACGAUGACAUAGCCAGGUCUCUCUUGCAAGUCAAUUAUAAUAUAUAAAUUUGCCAUUGAAUGUUUUUCUCUCUGGUUGUUUUCCCAGCUUCACGUCCAUCAUGCAGGAGAGUAUCAGAGCGAACCCAUCCAUGGUGACCAAACUACGAGCCACCUUUCUAAAGGUGAACCAUUCACUACUCAGACAGACAGUGCAUUAGUAGAGUACACAGGUUAAUCCCCUAAACAAGACAUUUGUAUUUUCUGUUUCAAAACAUGCAGUCUACUGGCACACAGAUCAGACACCCAUGCAUACCCCACAAGACAUGCCACCAGAGGUCUCUUCAUAAUCCCCAAGUCCAGAACAGACUAUGGGAGGUGCACAGUACUUCAUAGAGCCAUGACUACAUGGAACUCUAUUCCACAUCAAGUAACUCAUGCCAGCAGUAAAAUUAGAUUUAAAAAAACCCAGAUAAAAAUACAUGUUAUGGAACAGCGGGGACUGUGAAGCAUCACAAUCAUAGACACAUGUAUACAAACACACGAUGACAUACGCACUAUACACACAUGUACACAUGGAUUUUGUGUUGUAGAUAUGUGGUAGUAGAGUAGAGGCCUGAAGGCUCACUCUUAAUAUGAUGUGAAAUCUGUUAUGGAUGUAUUGUAAUGUUUUUAAAAUGUAUAACUGCCUUGAUUUUGAUAGACCUCAGGAAGAGUAGCUGCUGCCUUGGCAGGAACUAAUGGGGAUCCAUAAUAAAUACAAAUACAAAUAAUGCGUGUUUUAUUGAUCUAUGUUACCAGUUGGCGUCUGCGUUGGACCUGCCUCUGCUGCGUAUCAACCAGGCCAACAGUCCAGACCUGCUCAGUGUUUCUCAGUUCUACUCCGGGGAGCUGGUGACCUACGUCAGAAAGGUAUGGUCCUGGUGACCAGGAAUCCUGAAUCCCAAAUCAACCCCCAGUCCCUACUCCCUACCCCAGUCCCUACUCCCUACCCCAGUCCCUACUCCCUACCCACAGUCCCUACUCCCUACCCACAGUCCCUACUCCCUACCCCCAGUCCCUACUCCAGUCCCUACUCCCUACCCCAGUCCCUACUCCCCACCAGUCCCUACUCCCUACCCCCAGUCCCUACUCCCUACCCCCAGUCCCUACUCCCUACCCCCCAGUCCCCUACAUCCCCUACCUCCAGUUCCUACUCCCAGUCCCUACUCCCUACCCCCAGUCCCUACUCCCUAUCUCUCCAGUUCCUACCCCCAUUCCCUAUUUUCCCCCCCACCCCCCCACCCCCCCCCCCCCCCUUCCCCCCCCCUUCCCCCUUCCCCCCCAGUCCCUCCCUCCCCCUCCCCCCCCACCCCCUACCCCACCCCCCCCCCCCCCCCCCUACCCCCCCCCCCAAACCCGUCCCCCCCCCCCCUCCUCCCCUACCCCCCCCCUACCCCUACCCAGUCCCUACCCCACCCCCACCCCAUCCCUAACCCCCACCCCACCCCCCAAAACCCCACCCCCCCCACCCCUACCCCCAGUCCCCCUCCCCACCCCAUUCCCUCCCCCCACCCCCCACCCCCCCAUCCCCCCCCCCCCCUACCCAUUUCCCAUCCCCCCACCCCAUCCCUCCCCCCCCCAUCCCUCCCCCCCCACCCUCCCUUUCCCUACCCCGUCCUACCCCUCCCCAGCCCUCCCCCCCCCACCCCCCCUACCCCCAGUCCUACUCCCAUUCCCUAACUCCCCCCCCGCCCCUACCCCCCCCCCAUCCCCACUCCCUACCCCAGUCCCUACCCCCACCCCCAUCCCUACCCCACCCCAGUCCCUCCCCCUCCCUACCCCCCCGUCCCUACUCCCCCCCCCCUUUACCCCCACCCCCCGUCCCUCCCCCUACCCCCCCCCUCCCCCCCCCACCCCCCUACCCCCAUCCCUACUCCCUCCCCUCCCCCCCCCACCCCCCACCCCAGCCCUCCCCCCCACCCCAGCCCUCCCCUUUUCCCCACCCCAUCCCUAUUCCCACCCCUACCCCAUCCCUCCCCCCUCUCCCACCCCACCCCUCCCACCCAGCCCUACUCCCCACCCACCCCCCCUUCCCUACCCCCCACCCUCCCUUUACCCCAUCCUACUUUUCCCCCCCACCCCUAUUUCCCCCCCCCCCUUUUCCCUCCCCACCCCACCCCAUCCCACUCCCCCCCCGUCCCUACUCCCACCCCCCCCCUACCCCACCCCAGCCCCCUACUCCCUCCCCCCAGUCCCUCCCCCCUCCCUACCCCCCAUUCCCCACUACCCCCCACCCCAGUCCCUCCCCCCCCCCCCAGUCCCUACCCCCUUUCCCCCCCCCCAGCCCCUACCCCCACCCCCAGCCCCCUACUCCCACCCCCACCCAUCCCACCCCCCCCUUUAAACCCCCACCUUCCCUACCCCUCCCCCCCCCACCCUCUCCCCACCCCAGUCCCUACCCCCCCCCCCCCCCACCCCAUCCCCCCCACCCCCAUCCCUACUCCCACCCCCAGUCCUACUCCCCCCCCCUUUCCCUACCCCCCCUUUCCACUCCCUACCCCCAUUCCCUAUCCCACCCCCAUUCCCUAUUCCCACCCCCCCGCCCCAUCCCCCCCCCAGUCCCUACUCCCCCCCCCCAGUCCCUACCCCCUAACCCCAGUCCCUCCCCCACCCCCAUUUCCCUACUUUACCCCCCCUUACCCCCGUCCCUACUCCCUACCCCCAUCCCUACCCCCUACCCCCAGCCCCACUCCCUCCCCCCGUCCCUAUUCCCCCUCCCCCACCCCCCCCCCCCGUCCCAUUUUCCAAAACCCCCCCCAGCCCCCUCCCCCCAGCCCUACCCCCUCCCCCCUAGCACGUUAGAUCGAGGGGUUUGGGAUGGUGGAAAGCAAUAGGGGAUAGCCCAUCUGUGUUUUUUUGAAGGCCAGGGGGUUUUAUUACUACUUUCCCUUUACCUAUCCAAUGUUUUCAAAUCCCACCGAUCGCAAGUGUUAGAGGUAAAAAGGGGUUGAUUAGGGUUUGGGGUUAAGACCAUCUCUGCAUAUUUAAAGAGGAAUUGAUAAUAAAACCUGCUGUAAUUUUUGGGAUUAUUUCCUGUCCUCCACUAGGUUUCCAGACAUCACCCCUAAAGGCAUUUUCCUGUCUCUCCACUAGGGUUCCGAUCCCACCCCUGGAGCAUGUUUCCUGUAUCCACUAGGUUUUUUCCGAUCAUAUCCCGGGACAUGUUUCCGUACCCACUAGGUGUUCCAGACCAUCCCGGAGCAUGUUUCCGUCUCUCCUCAGGUGUUCAGAUCACCCCUGAAGCAGUUCCCCCCGGCUAAAUCAUCAAGCGCGAUCCAUGCCAUCAUGGAGGUUCCCCCCCAACGGAAAGGCAAGCUAAGGACUACGUCCGGGGGGCCCCUACGAGGUCAAGGUCAUGGGUGGCCCGACGCUUAUGGUCCUUUUGAAUCAGUUUGGGAAAACAUGGGCUUGCAUGACAAAGGGUUUGGGGUUCGAUUCCCCUUGGGGGCCACCCAACAAUUUUUUAUUCCAAAUGACUUUUGUGGUUUGGAUAAAAUGUCUUCUAAAAGGCGAUAUGGGGGUCUUUUCUAAACCAAACAGCACUGUUUUGUUUAAAACUGGUGAGGGGGCCAGGGUGGUCUAUCGAGUCUAUGGGAGACAAAAAAGGACCAUGGUAGUCUAUAACUAGGACCCUUGGAGGACUAACUAGGGCCUUGGUAGGGGUAUAAAAUAGGGGGCCUAUGGUAUGACUAAAAAAAUAGGACCUAUGUAUGACUAAAAAUAGGGCCUAUGGGGAGUGACUAUAAAAGGACCCUAUGGGAUAUAAAAUAGGACCCCAUAGUAGGACAAACUAGGACCAUGGUAGUGACUUAACUAGGACCUUGGGGAGUGACUAAACUAGGACCCAUGUAGUGACUAUAAAGGCCUAUGGUUUAGUGACUAUAAUAACCUGGGAGUGACAAAAAAAAAGGACCUAUAGUAUGACUAAAUAGGACCUAUGUAUGCUAUAAAUAGGGGCCAUUGGGGUAAAAAUGGCCUAAGUAGUGACUUAAUAGGACCUAUGGGAGGGUAAACUAGGCCCCAUGUUGCUAAAACUGGGCCCAAGUAGGAUAAACUGGACCAUGUAGUGACUAAACUAGGACCUUGUAGGAUUAACUAGGGCCUAUGGAUAAAUUAAAAUGGACCAUAGUAGUGCAAACUAGGACCCAUGGUAAGUAUAAAAUAGGACCUAUUUUGAUAAAAUAGGGCCUAUGGGAGGCUUAACUGGACCUAUGGGGUGCUAAAAAAUGGACCUUGGAUAAAACUAGGAAACCCUUUAAUGACAUAAAAGGACCUAUGGUGACUAUAACUAGGACCUAUAUAGUGACUAUAACUAGGGCCCAUUAGUGACUAAACUAGGACCAUUAGUGACUAUAAAAGGCCUUAAUUGGACUAUAAAUAGGGCCUUGGUUUGACUAUAAUAGGACCAUUAGGCUAAAACUAGGACCCAUGUAAAUGACAAAAAUAGGACCUAUAUAGUGACUUAACUAGGACCUUGUGUGACUAUAACUGGACUAUGGAUGACUAUAACUAGGGCUGACUAAAACUAGGACCAUAUUUGGAUAUAACAAGGGCCUAAUUUGGUUACAUAACUAGGGCCUAUUUAGUGCUAAAAAUAGGACCUAAUUUUGUGACUUAAAUAGGGCCUAUUUAGUGACUAAACAGGACCUAUUUGGGGACAAACUAGGGCCUAAUUUGGACUAUCUAGGACCAUAUUUGUGACUAAAACUAGGGCCAUAGUAGGACUAUAACUAGGGCCUUAUUAGUACUAAACAGGACCUUGGGAAAUGACAUAAUAGGACCUAGGUAUGACUAAACUAGGACCCAUGGUAUUACUAAAACCGGACCUAAGUAGUGACUAUAACUAGGGCCUAUGGGAGUGACUAUAAUGGACCUAUGUAGUGACUAAACUAGGUUAAAUUACUUAACUAGGGCCUAGGGGUUUACUAAAUAGGCAUGGGAGUGUAAAACUAGGACCUAUGUAGUGACUAUAAUAGGACCUUGUAGUGACUAAACUAGGACCUAUGUAGUGACUAAACAGGCCUAUGGGGUAAAAUAUAAAUAGCCUAUGUAGUGACAAACUAGGACCCAUGGUAGUGACUAAAACUGGACCCAUGGGGGAGGCUAUAAUAGGACCUUUUGUAGGCUAAACAGGACCUAUAGUAGUACUUAACUGGACCUUGAGUGACUUAAAAAUAGGACCUAUGAUAAAAUUAACUAGGACCCUUGUAUGACAAACUAGGACCAGGAGUGACUAAAAAAAGGACCUAUGGUAGUACUAAACGGCCUAUGGGAGUGAUAAAACUAGGACCUAUUAAGGCUAAAAAUAGGACCUUUGUAGGACUAUCUAAAGGAACCCAGGUAGUGACUAAAAAAACCUAGGAUGACCCAAAACUAGGGCCUAUUAGGACUAUAAAAGGACAUUGUGACUAAACUAGGACCUAUAUAGUGACUAUAACGGACCAUUAGUGACUAAAACUGGACCUAUUAGUACUUAAAAGGACCUAUUGUGACUAUAACUAGGACAUUAGUGACUUAAAUAGGGGCCUAUUAGUGACUAAAACUAGGGGCCAUGGGAUGACAAAAAAAGGGCCUAUAAGUGCUUAACUAGGGCCAUGUGGACUAUAACUAGGGCCCUUUGAGUGACUAAAAACCUAGGAUGACUAAACUAACCUAAUUUGUGACUAUAAAAAAGGACCUAUUUGGUGACUAUAACUAGGACCUAUUUUUGGGCUAUAACUAGGCCUAUAUUAGGGCUAUAACUAGGACCUAAUAGUGCUAAACAAGGACCAAGGGAUUAACUAGGGCCCUUUGUGACUAAACUAGGGCUUAUUGUACUAAAACUAGGACCUAUAUGGGACUAUAAUAGGACCCAAUGGACUAUAACUAGGACCUAUAUUAGUGACUAUAACUAGGACCUAUAUUAGUGACUAUAACUAGGACCUAUAUUAGUGACUAUAACAAGGACCUAUAUUGGUGACUAUAACUAGGACCUAUAUUAGUGACUAUAACUAGGACCUAUAUUAGUGACUAUAACUAGGACCUAUGGUAGUGACUAAAACUAGGACCUAUAGUAGUGACUAUAACUAGGACCUAUACUAUAGUUAGGACCUAUGCUAAUGACUAUAACUAGGAGCCAGAGUUUUUCCUGACUAGGUUCCUGGCCCCUAACUGUGGAGAGGGAGCAGAUGCUCACUGAGUCUCCCCAACUGUUCCUCUCCGGCUCAGAGGAGCAGUGUUUGUGAGAGGCAGUGGGUUUUCUACAGCUGGACGUCAUCGACUUGUUCUUCUUCUUCCUUUUCUCACAGGUUGCCAAACUCACCCACGCCAUCUCCAUCUUUACUGAAGGGAUUCUGAUGAUGAAGACUACACUGGUUGGAAUCAUCAAGGUCAGUUUUUAAAUUAAAACAGGUUUGUGCAACUGUUGUUUUAGAUAUAUUAUAAUUGAGAAAAUGUGUCGAAACGCAUAAGUCUUACCUGUCAUGGUGUCUCUUCAGGUGGAUCCCAAGCAGCUCCUGGAAGAUGGUAUCAGGAAGGAGUUGGUGAGGAGAGUAGCCUAUGCUCUACACAAAGGACUUAUCUUUAACCCCAAGGCUAAGGUGAGAUAUCUGACCACAACACAAUGUCAACCAUUCCACAAGACCAUUCAGCCCAGUGUUAACCGUCACUUUCACUUUCUGAAGUAGCAUGAUCCGGAUUGUUCAGGUUUUAUUCAUUACAGAAUACAAACAAAGUUGUCUGCGAACUUGAAAAUGGAGAGGGGGGGGGGGAAAUGAAGCGUUACAGCAUGUUAAUCAUGGUACAUUUCAAUCUCACACCUGGUCAGACCAGUGAGCUGAUGCCGAAGCUCAAGGAGAUGGCAGCCACCAUGGAUGGGUUCUACCGGUCCUUUGAGUACAUCCAGGACUAUGUCUCCAUCUACGGCCUGAAGAUCUGGCAGGAGGAGGUCUCUCGCAUCAUCAACUACAACGUGGAGCAGGAGUGCAACAGCUUCCUACGCACCAAGGUUGGACUCACACCUUAAAUCCACAUGGCUCUUUCUCAGUUUGUCUGGUUGAUUCCUUGCAUCCUUUAAAACAUUAAAACAUCAUCAAAAAGGGAAAACGUUACAUCCUCCUUCGCAACCGUGUUGGAGGAGAAGGUCCAAGCUCCCUUCUAAUAAUUAGCUGGUUGAAUCAGGUAGCGAUAGCCUACAGGAGAGUAGCUCUCCAGAAACAGGGUUGGAGAGCCCUGGUUUAAAUAAUAUACAUACUUUUGAAACGUCUUAAUGUUCAGCCGUUUUGUGUUUCUUAGAUCCAGGAUUGGGAGAGUGUCUACCAGUCGACCCAUAUACCCAUCCCCAAGUUCCCCUCGGUCGAUGAGUCAGCCACCUUCAUAGGGCGACUCUGUAGAGAGAUCCUCCGCAUCACAGACCCCAAGUAGGUAUCUCUCUCCACAUCACAGACCCCAAGUAGGUAUCUCUCUCUCUCCAUGUCACCUUUGUGGCAUCAGUCUGUCAGCUUAUAGGUAGUUAUGGAAGGGAGCAUUGGUGUACUUUGACACGGCAUGGCAUAUACAUGGUAGUGGAUGUCUGUUUUGGUGUACACUCUUCUCAGUGCUUUUAAUAUGUCUUAAUGCAUAGGUUUACCUGUUACCUGUAUUCCAGAGUGACAUGCUACGUGGACCAGUUGAACACCUGGUACGACCUGAAGACCCACCAGGAGGUGACCAACAACCGUCUGUUUUCUGAGAUACAGGACACCCUGGGGACCUUCGGCCUCAACGGGCUGGACAGGCUGCUCUGCUUCAUGAUCGUCAAGGAACUGCAGGUAACAUGAGCCAGCCUGAGAAUACUACUCUGGCGAUCUAUAGGAUCCUAGGCCUGUCUAACUGGUAUGGAACCUACUACCUGAGACCUAACAAUUAUUUAACCAGGUUGUCUCAUUGAGUUCCAACUAUCAUGUUAUUAAUAUCAUGAUAUUGAGGUCAAUAUCAGUUUGCUGUUAUAUUUGAUACACGUACUGUCAUUCUUAGCUUGACUUUCUGUAGAGACAUGGCCAGUCAUUAUCAUUCAACAACCACAUAUUGAAGUAUGGCUCGGCUCACCUGUUUUAUUUGAAUACAUUUAGAAUCAUUCAAGUGGUCCAGUUAGUUAUUACUUCCCCUCAAGGUUCCAUAACAUGACAGGUUUUUGUUCCAUUAGAACUUCCUGACGGUGCUUCAGAAGACCAUCCUGAGAGACAAGGCUAUGGUGGACGUCUUUAAAGCCAUGCUGAGCGCUGUCAAUCCCGUCAAAGGUAUUGUGGGUAGGUGUCAACAGCUUAGGAAGGAUUCUUACCAGGGUUGUUUAAAACUUAUUUCAGCGGAAAACAAAAAAUGAGUUUGUCUUAUUGAGACUAAUCCAGGAAGUCCCUCCCUGUUUCAGUCCAUUUUCUUCCAUUUGGUGCCCAAUGAACAGGACCCAGAGAUUAUGACCAGGGAACAUUAGGUUCUGGUUGACUGUCCAGGCCAUCAUCACUCACUGGCUCCCACUGACCAGGACCCAGAGAUUAUGACCAGGGAACAUUAGGUUCUGGUUGACUGUCCAGGCCAUCAUCACUCACUGGCUCCCACUGACCAGGACCCAGAGAUUAUGACCAGGGAACAUUAGGUUCUGGUUGACUGUCCAGGUCAUCAUCACUCACUGGCUCCCACUGACCAGGACCCAGAGAUUAUGACCAGGGAACAUUAGGUUCUGGUUGACUGUCCAGGCCAUCAUCACUCACUGGCUCCCACUGACCAGGACCCAGAGAUUAUGACCAGGGAACAUUAGGUUCUGGUUGACUGUCCAGGUCAUCAUCACUCACUGGCUCCCACUGACCAGGACCCAGAGAUUAUGACCAGGGAACAUUAGGUUCUGGUUGACUGUCCAGGUCAUCAUCACUCACUGGCUCCCACUGACCAGGACCCAGAGAUUAUGACCAGGGAACAUUAGGUUCUGGUUGACUGUCCAGGCCAUCAUCACUCACUGUUGCAUUUCUUUCUCUUCUUUCUGUCAGGAAAUGCCAGUAAAGUCUACACCAACGCUGUUGCCAAAACACAGAAGAUCUGGGGGCCAUACUUGGAAUCGAUCAUGAAGGUACUGUGUUUUAUUGAACUGUUUUUAGCAAUACCAACUUAAUGUUAUUAGCAACAUAACCACUAUAUUCAGUGAUCGGCAUUUAGAAGACUAUAAUCAAAGAUAGGUGACCCAGUGCAGAGCCAGCUGUACUGGUAAUACACCAGCCACAAUAACACGUACCUCAAGGUUUAUUACAAGAUGGCUGUCUUCUACACAAAAAAAUACAAUCUAUUAGAAGUCUCUAGAGGUCUCAAGUCUUGACAUAGAGACAUAUACCCCUCCCCACCGGAGACCGGGGUUCAAUCCCUGUAUGGAAGUGACACAGAUGUUUCCACAGGUUGGUCAGAUGCAGAUCCUGAGGCAACAGAUAGCCAACGAGCUGAACUACUCCUGCAAGUUUGACUCCAAACACCUCGCUGCUGCACUGGAGAACCUCAACAAGUCAGUGGCCAUCGGGGAUGAUGCAUAGAGAGACAUAACAUAUUAUAAGCCUUGUUAUAAGACAUUAUGAAGGCUCAUACAUGCUUAUUAUAAUAAAGGAUGGGAUACCUGCAGGCUUUAAGUAAAGGGUUACUGUUAUUUUGAAAUGCAAAGAGUGAUUCUCGCUUGUCAUGAAAAGGAUGGCCAUUGUCAUGGAAUUUCUUAUCAGUAGACAUGGAAAAGUCAUCAUUUUGUGUUUUGGUCAUAGCCAUAGGCUGCACUAUGUUUCUGCUAAUUGGUCUUUUGACCAAUCGGAUCAGCUCUUUUGCCAGUAAUUGGGCAAAAGAACAGAAUAUGUCUGCUUGUGAAAACUCUGCUUAAGAGUGGGAAGGAACCCUGUAAAGGAAUGUUGCUAUAAUAAUGAUUGCCAGUCAUUUAAAGGGUGUGUUGAAUGGUCAGGUGUCUGCUGAAUGAUGUAUCUACUGUAGGUCUCUACUGGCUGAUAUAGAAGCCCACUACCAGGACCCCAGCCUUCCAUACCCCAAGGAGGACAACAAUCUACUGUAUGAGAUCACAGCCUCUCUGGAGGCAGCAGGCAUACACAACCCACUCAACAAGGUGAGGGAUACGAUGAGGAGUAGAGAAUGAGAAUAGGAGGAUAGGAAGAGGAAGAAGAGGAGGAGGGAGGAGGAGGGGAGGCGGAGGAGGCGGCAGGAGAGGUCGGAGGCGGAGGCGGGAGGGGCGGCGGCGGAGCGGAGGAGGCGGCGGAGGCGGCGGCGGAGGCGGCGGCGUGCGGAGGCGGAGGAGGCGGAGGAGGCGGAGGCGGGGCGGAGGAGGAGAGGAGGAGGAGGAGGAGGAGGAGGAAGGGAGGAGGAGGACGGGGAGGAGGCGGAGGCGGGAGAGGAGGAUGCGGAGGAGGCGGAGGAGGAUGAGGUAUUCUCUUCUUCUUCUUCUUUUGUCUUCUUCUUCUUUCUUCUCUUCUUUAUUCUUUUAUCUUCUUCUUUUCUUUCUUCUCUUCUUCUUCUUCUUCUUCUUCUCUCUUCUUCUCUUCUUAUUCUUCUUCUCUUAUUCUUCUUCUUAUUAGUUUCUUCUUUCUUCUUCUCUACUUCUUCUGCUUCUUUCUUCCUUCUUUCUUCUUCGAAAGGUGGCAUCCUAUGACAGUGCCACGUUGAAAGUCACUGGGCUCUUCACUAAGGCCAUUCUACUGCCAAUGUUUGUCUAUGGAGAUUGCAUAUGGCGGUGUGCUCGAUCUUCUGUCUUCAAAGGUGGCCGAGGCCCAUGUGCCAAGUUUAAUCUUUGACGAGUUCAGGACAGUCCUGUGAAGAUCUGGAUAGAGGCUUCAUCAUUUAAUUUAUGUUGAUUCAUUCAUUUUACCUUAAAGCACCAGUGCAGUCAAAUGUUUUGUAAGAUUUUGUACAACAGCUGAUGAAACUAACCUGUUGAUUGGAAUUGUUUGUUCAUGUUGUAGAUCUACAUUACAACAUAGCGCCUGCCUUACUUCACCUGUUCUAUAUGUUGUAGAUCUACAUUACAACCAAGCGCCUGCCUUACUUCACCUGUUCUAUAUGUUGUAGAUCUACAUUACAACCAAGCGCCUGCCUUACUUCACCUGUUCUAUAUGUUGUAGAUCUACAUUACAACCAAGCACCUGCCUUACUUCACCUGUUCUAUAUGUUGUAGAUCUACAUUACAACCAAGCGCCUGCCUUACUUUCCUAUCGUCAACUUCCUCUUCAUCUUCGCUCAUCUGCCUAAACUGCAGUACAGCAAAAAUCAAGGUGAGUUUCAAUCAACUUUAUUGAUACUCACAGGGGAAAUUGAUUUUUUCACCAGCAUAUGACACAAGGGGGGGUAGAAGGAUUACUUUAUCCUAUCCCAUGUAUUCCUUAAAGAGGUGGGGUUUCAAGUGUCUCCGGAAGGGUGUGAGUGACUCCGCUGUCCUGGCGUCGUGAGGGAGCUUGUGCAGCGAACAGUUUUGACUGGGCUGAGUGGGAACUGUGCUUCCGCAGAGGUAGGGGGGCCAGCAGGCCAGAGGUGGAUGAACGCAAUGCCCUCGUUUGGGUGUAGGGACUGAUCAGAGCCUGAAGGUACGGAGGUGCCGUUCCCCUCACAGCUCCGUAGGCAAGCACCAUGGUCUUGUAGCAGAUGCAGGCUUCAACUGGAAGCCAGUGGAGUGUGCGGAGGAGCGGGGUGACGUGAGAGAACUUGGGAAGGUUGAACACCAGACGGGCUGCGGCAUUCUGGAUGAGUUGUAGGGGUUUAAUGGCACAGGCAGGGAGCCCAGCCAACAGUGAGUUGGAGUAAUCCAGACGGGAGAUGACAAGUGCCUGGAUUAGGACCUGUGCCGCUUCCUGUGUAAGGCAGGGUCGUACUCUCCUAAUGUUGUAGAGCAUGAACCUACAGGAUCGGGUCACCGCCUUGAUGUUAGCGGAGAACGACAGGGUGUUGUCCAGGGUCACGCCAAGGCUCUUUGCACUCUGGGAGGAGGACACAACGGAGUUGUCAACCGUGAUGGCGAGAUCAUGGAACGGGCAGUCCUUCCCCGGGAGGAAGAGCAUCUCCGUCUUGCCGAGGUUCAGCUUGAGGUGGUGAUCCGUCAUCCACAUUGAUAUGUCUGCCAGACAUGCAGAGAUGCGAUUCGCCACCUGGUUAUCAGAAGGGGGAAAGGAGAAGAUUAGUUGUGUGUCGUCUGCGUAGCAAUGAUAGGAGAGGCCAUGUGAGGAUAUGACAGAGCCAAGUGACUUGGUGUAUAGCGAGAAUAGGUCAGGUUAUUAUGGUGAUCAUAGGUUAGGCUACUAUGGUGAGCAUAGGUUAGGCUACUAUGGUGAGCAUAGGUUAGGCUACUAUGGUGAGCAUAGGUUAGGCUACUAUGGUGAGCAUAGGUUAGGCUACUAUGGUGAGCAUAGGUCAGGCUACUAUGGUGAGCAUAGGUUAGUCUACUAUGGUGAGCAUAGGUCAGGCUACUAUGGUGAGCAUAGGCCAGGCUACUAUGGUGAGCUUAGGUCAGGCUACUAUGGUGAGCAUAGGUCAGGCUACUAUGGUGAUAGGUUAGGCUACUAUGGUGAGCAUAAGUUAGGCUACUAUGGUGAGCAUAGGUCAGGCUACUAUGGUGAUAGGUUAGGCUACUAUGGUGAGCAUAGGUUAGGCUACUAUGGUGAGCAUAGGUCAGGUUACUAUGGUGAGCAUAGGUUAGGCUACUAUGGUGAGCUUAGGUCAGGUUACUAUGGUGAGCAUAGGUUAGGCUACUAUGGUGAGCAUAGGUCAGGCUACUAUGGUGAGCAUAGUUUAGGCUACUAUGGUGAGCAUAGGUUAGGUUACUAUGGUGAGCAUAGGUUAGGCUACUAUGGUGAGCAUAGGUUAGGCUACUAUGGUGAGCAUAGGUCAGGCUACUAUGGUGAGCAUAGGUCAGGCGACUAUGGUGAGCAUAGGUUAGGCGACUAUGGUGAGCAUAGGUCAGGCUACUAUGGUGAUAGGUUAGGCUACUAUGGUGAGCAUAGGUCAGGCUACUAUGGUGAGCAUAGGUCAGGCUACUAUGGUGAGCAUAGGUCAGGCUACUAUGGUGAGCAUAGGUCAGGCUACUAUGGUGAGCAUAGGUCAGGUUAUUAUGGUGAGCAUAGGUUAGGCUACUAUGGUGAGCUUAGGUCAGGUUACUAUGGUGAGCAUAGGUUAGGCUACUAUGGUGAGCAUAGGUCAGGCUACUAUGGUGAGCAUAGGUUAGGCUACUAUGGUGAGCAUAGGUUAGGUUACUAUGGUGAGCAUAGGUUAGGCUACUAUGGUGAGCAUAGGUUAGGCUACUAUGGUGAGCAUAGGUCAGGCUACUAUGGUGAGCAUAGGUCAGGCUACUAUGGUGAGCAUAGGUCAGGCGACUAUGGUGAGCAUAGGUUAGGCUACUAUGGUGAUAGGUUAGGCUACUAUGGUGAGCAUAGGUCAGGCUACUAUGGUGAGCAUAGGUCAGGCUACUAUGGUGAUAGUUUAGGCUACUAUGGUGAGCAUAGGUCAGGCGACUAUGGUGAUAGUUUAGGCUACUAUGGUGAGCAUAGGUUAGGCUACUAUGGUGAGCAUAGGUCAGGCUACUAUGGUGAGCAUAGGUCAGGCUACUAUGGUGAUAGGUUCGGCUACUAUGGUGAGCAUAGGUCAGGCUACUAUGGUGAGCAUAGGUCAGGCUACUAUGGUGAGCAUAGGUCAGGCUACUAUGGUGAUAGUUUAGGCUACUAUGGUGAGCAUAGGUCAGGCUACUAUGGUGAUAGGUUAGGCUACUAUGGUGAGCAUAGGUCAGGCUACUAUGGUGAGCAUAGGUCAGGCUACUAUGGUGAGCGAGCGUUGUGCCUUAUCAUUUUCAAUAAGUAUUGAUUACCCAUUUAUUUGUCUCUGCCUGCAAAUCGGCCUUUAAAAGGUAGGCUAUAUCCUAUAGGACUGUGCAAAACAUAGCAAGUGUUGCUGCUUCCAGUUCAGUAGCCAUACCUGCGAGAGCAGGUGCGCAUGUUGUCUCAGUUAAAUAGAGUAGGCUAUAGACUAUGCAUGGGCGGAGAAGCACGGGGCAGUUAUCUUUGAUUAGGCUAUAUUGCCUAGAAAUAAAUAUUGAUCACCCACACUCUUCCCACACCUAAAAGAUAGGUUAUAAAAAUAGCUCAAGAGAACGUGCAAGUCUCUCCAACUCUGCUCUCUUCAAACUACAUCUAGCAUAUUGGCUGGUAUAGCCCAGUAAUACAGAUAACCUAAUAUAAUGGGCCACGUGAGAAUCUCUGGGAAUUUAACCUAUUUCUUACGUUAUUUUUUUGCUGGGACCAUUGCUGGCAAGUGACUGGGGUUGGGUUGGGACCAGUUCUUGUGGUAGCGGGUGGGAGUCGGACAGAAAGCCAGCGGGCGGGGUGCGGUAUGAAAAGCUGCGGGCGGAAGCGGGAAGAAUAAAUCUGUCCCGCAGACCUCUAGUGCCAGGCGCACCGGUUUUGUUAAGAACUGCAACGCUGCUGGGUUUUUCACACUCAAAGGUUUCCUGUGUGUAUCAAGAAUGGUCCACCACCCAAAGGACAUCCAGCCAACUUGACACAACUGUGGGAAGCAUCGGGGUUAACAUGGGCCAGCUUCCAUGUGGAACGUUUUCGACACCUUGUAUUGUCCAUGCCCCGAUGAAAUUGAUGCUGUUCUGAAGGCAAAAGGCAGCCCAAUUAUUGACAAAAGAGCUGAUCUGAUUGGUCAAAAGACCAAUGAGUGAAAAAAGCUCUGAAUUGGCGUGCCUGUGUAAAGGCAGCCAUAGAGACGCAUCAUCUUCAGUACAGCCAAGGGGAGCAAUUAACAUGAUGAUGGCUUUUAUUAGUCCUCCUGUCUGUAUUGCCCAUGGAGAACCACAUUGGGGAUAAGUGUUGCUUAAUGCUUUCAUAUGUUAUGCUCUGGGCUUGAUUGAUGACUGGGGUUGGUCCUCUGUAGUGGUCCUCUGUAGCUCAGCUGGUAGAGCACGGCGCUUGUAACGCCAAGGUAGUGGGUUCGAUCCCCGGGACCACCCAUACACAAAAAAUGUAUGCACGCAUGACUGUAAGUCGCUUUGGAUAAAAGCGUCUGCUAAAUGGCAUAUUAUUAUUAUUAUUAUUAUUAUUAUUAUUAUUGAUUUGAUCUGUCAGUAAAAAAAAAAAAAAAAAAAAAAUAUCAAUGGAAAUCAAAUGUAUCAACCCAUGGAGGUCUGGAUUUGGAGUCACACUCUAAAUGAAAGUGGAAAACCACACUACAGGCUGAUCCAACUUUGAUGUAAUGUCCUUAAAACAAGUCAAAAUGAGGCUCAGUAGUGUGUGUGGCCUCCACGUGCCUGUAUGACCUCCCUACAACGCCUGGGCAUGCUCCUGAUGAGGUGGCGGAUGGUCUCCUGAGGGAUCUCCUCCCAGACCUGGACUAAAGCAUCCGCCAACUCCUGGACAGUCUGUGGUGCAACGUGGCGUUGGUGGAUGGAGCGAGACAUGAUGUCCCAGAUGUGCUCAAUUGGAUUCAGGUCUGGGGAACGGGCGGGCCAGUCCAUAGCAUCAAUGCCUUCCUCUUGCAGGAACUGCUGACACACUCCAGCCACAUGAGGUCUAGCAUUGUCUUGCAUUAGGAGGAACCCAGGGCCAACCGCACCAGCAUGUGGUCUCACAAGGGGUCUGAGGAUCUCAUCUCGGUACCUAAUGGCAGUCAGGCUACCUCUGGCAAGCACAUGGAGGGCUGUGUGGCCCCCCAAAGAAAUGCCACCCCACACCAUGACUGACCCACCGCCAAACCGGUCAUGCUGGAGGAUGUUGCAGGCAGCAGAACGUUCUCCACGGCGUCUCCAGACUCUGUCACGUCUGUCACAUGUGCUCAGUGUGAACCUGCUUUCAUCUGUGAAGAGCACAGGGCGCCAGUGGCGAAUUUGCCAAUCUUGGUGUUCUCUGGCAAAUGCCAAACGUCCUGCACGGUGUUGGGCUGUAAGCACAACCCCCACCUGUGGACGUUGGGCCCUCAUACCACCCUCAUGGAGUCUGUUUCUGACCGUUUGAGCAGACACAUGCACAUUUGUGGCCUGCUGGAUGUCAUUUUGCAGGGCUCUGGCAGUGCUCCUCCUGCUCCUCCUUGCACAAAGGCGGAGGUAGCGGUCCUGCUGCUGGGUUGUUGCCCUCCUACGUGUAUAUAUAUAUAUAUGUGUGUGUGUGUGUGUAUGUAUAUAUAUAUAUACAGUGAGGGGAAAAAGUAUUUGAUCCCCUGCUGAUUUUGUACGUUUGCCCACUGACAAAGACAUGAUCAGUCUAUAAUUUUAAUGAUAGGUUUAUUUGAACAUUGAGAGACAGAAUAACAACAACAAAAUCCAGAAAAACGCGUGGCAAAAAUGUUAUAAAUUGAUUUGCAUUUUAAUGAGGGAAAUAAGUAUUUGACCCCUCUGCAAAACAUGACUUAGUACUUGGUGGCAAAACCCUUGUUGGCAAUCAAAGAGGUCAGACGUUUCUUGUAGUUGGCCACCAGGUUUGCACACAUCUCAGGAGGGAUUUUGCCCCGCUCUUCUUUGCAGAUCUUCUCCAAGUCAUUAAGGUUUCGAGGCUGACGUUUGGCAACUCGAACCUUCAGCUCCCUCCCCAGAUUUUCUAUGGGAUUAAGGUCUGGAGACUGGCUAAGCCACUCCAGGACCUUAAUGUGCUUCUUCUUGAGCCACUCCUUUGUUGCCUUGGCCGUGUGUUUUGGGUCAUUGUCAUGCUGGAAUACCCAUCCACGACCCAUUUUCAAUGCCCUGGCUGAGGGAAGGAGGUUCUCACCCAAGAUUUGACGGUACAUGGCCCCGUCCAUCGUCCCUUUGAUGCGGUGAAGUUGUCCUGUCCCCUUAGCAGAAAAACACCCCCAAAGCAUAAUGUUUCCACCUCCAUGUUUGACGGUGGGGAUGGUGUUCUUGGGGUCAUAGGCAGCAUUCCUCCUCCUCCAAACACGGCGAGUUGAGUUGAUACCAAAGAGCUCAAUUUUGAUCUCAUCUGACCACAACACUUUCACCCAGUUCUCCUCUGAAUCAUUCAGAUGUUCAUUGGCAAACUUCAGACGGGCCUGUAUAUGUGCUUUCUUGAGCAGGGGGACCUGCGGGCGCUGCAGGAUUUCAGUCCUUCACGGCGUAGUGUGUUACCAAUUGUUUUCUUGGUGACUAUGGUCCCAACUGCCUUGAGAUCAUUGACAAGAUCCUCCCGUGUAGUUCUGGGCUGAUUCCUCACUGUUCUCAUGAUCAUUGCAACUCCACGAGGUGAGAUCUUGCAUGGAGCCCCAGGCCGAGGGCGAUUGACAGUUAUUUUGUGUUUCUUCCAUUUGCGAAUAAUCGCACCAACUGUUGUCACCUUCUCAUAAAGCUGCUUGGCGAUGGUCUUGUAGCCCAUUCCAGCCUUGUGUAGGUCUACAAUCUUGUCCCUGACAUCCUUGGAGAGCUCUUUGGUCUUGGCCAUGGUGGAGAGUUUUGAAUCUGAUUGAUUGAUUGCUUCUGUGGACAGGUGUCUUUUGUACAGGUAACAAGAUGAGAUUAGGAGCACUCCAUUUAAGAGUGUGCUCCUAAUCUCAGCUCGUUACCUGUAUAAAAGACACUUGGGAGCCAGAAAUCUUUCUGAUUGAGAGGGGGUCAAAUACUUAUUUCCCUCAUUAAAAUGCUAAUCAAUUUAUAACAUUUUUUACAUGCGUUUUUCAGGAUUUUUUUGUUGUUAUUCUGUCUCUCACUGUUCAAAUAAACCUACCAUUAAAAUUAUAGACUGAUCAUUUCUUUGUCAGUGGGCAAAUGUACAAAAUCAGCAGGGGAUCAAAUACUUUUUUCCCUCACUGUAUAUAUAAUCUGUAAAAAUGAGUAAUCCAAAAAUAUGUAAUAAAAAAUGUAAUCUCUGGUCCUGACCCAUGUUGCGUUGAGAGUCCACCAUGUGAUUAGCUUUGCUCUCCCAUUUCUCUAGGGAUGACGUGCAGGAAAGCCACAGACCCGGUAGACUGGCCUCCUCUGGUUCUAGGCCUGCUCACUCUGCUCAAGCAGUUCCAUUCCAGAUACACAGAGCACUUCCUGGCUCUCAUUGGGCAAUUCAUACGCUCUAUCAUGGACCAGUGCACCAGGUACUGUACUCACCAGUCCUUUGAUUGAUUGAUUUGAUUUUUAUUUUCCAGUUGAAAAAAAAAACAUAUUUUAAGAACCUGAUAUCACAGUAAAGUCAGACUUAUUUAAAUUGUGAAAAUAUAAUUCGUACAUGUAUUACAUUUUCAAAAUUUAAAUACGUCUGACUUUAGUGUUGGUACGUUGCCCAAGGCUGCUAUUUCAAACAGCUCUUUCUUGCAAAAAUAAAUGUUAUCUCGAUGGGAAUAACCUGUAUAAAUACAAUUUGAAUGCAAAAUUAAGUAAAUUUCAUAAAUUAUUUGUGAUCACUGUGCUAUUAUAUGUGGAUUAUAUUCUACUUCAAAUUCAAUGAAAUUGAGUUUACAGUAAUAAUUCCUUUCCAGCCAGAGUUUACAGUAAUAAUUCCUUUACAGUCAGAGGAUCCCGGACAUGCCGUCUGAUGUGGUGGGAGCACUGAUGUUUCUGGAAGAUUACGUACGCUACACCAAGCUGCCUCGCAAGGUAGGAUUAGAUUAGGAUUAGCAACAACACCCAUGAAAAAAUACUAUAUAUAUUCUCUGGAAUAUUUACAUGCAUAUCAUCUGUUCCCAUAGAUAUUCUCUACAAUAUUACAUUUUACAUCCAUAUAAUAAUCUGUUGCUGUUUUCUGUCUUCAAAGGUGGCCGAGGCCCAUGUGCCAAGUUUCAUCUUUGACGAGUUCAGGACAGUCCUGUGA